AUGUCAUCAAGGAACAAUGAACAGGUUGCAGUAAAGCUAGUCGACCUCAGAAGGCGCGGUGAAUACAUUGAACGCUUCAUGCCCAGAGAGCUGGCGAUCAUUCCUCGUCUUGAUCACGUCAACAUUGUUGCAGCCUAUGCGAUCCAUCGAACAAAAGAAUAUGUCGCCAUUGUUGAGGAAUACGCACCGGGUGGCGAUUUGCUCAACUACAUUAGAACAAAGCCAGACAGAUAUUUGGAGGAACGCGAAGCAAAGCCCAUCUUAAGACAAUUGAUGGAUGCAAUAGUCUAUCUUGAGCGACAACACAUUGUACACAGGGACAUCAAAUGCGAGAACGUCUUUCUGGACAGCAAUUUGCGUGUCAAACUUGGCGAUUUUGGCUUUGCUCGUGAACUUCGGCCAGGGGUAGAUUCAAAUACCCACUGCGGCUCUCGACCAUAUGCAGCGAUUGAAUUACUGAGCGGUCGGACCUACAGAGGCAAUGGGGUAGACAUUUGGAGUGCAGGCGUUGUUCUCUAUGUUAUCCUUACAAGUUUCUUUCCGUUUGGCAGUAGCAAAGAUGAAGUCCCGGCCAUUAUCAAACGUCAAAAAGCCCAGUCAAUUCACUUCUCUCACCGUCUUAGCGCUGAAGUUCGUAGUCUGAUCCUUGGUAUGCUGCAUCCUGACCCUAAAAGGCGUUUGACUUCCCGCCGCAUUCUUGCUCACCCGUGGCUGGCCGAAACUUAG